CCUUCUUAUUAACAAAAACUCAAAAAAAAAAAAGAAAAAAAAAAAAAAAAGAAAAAAAAACAAAAAAGAAAUUCAUUUUGAGAGGAAAUAUACAUUAUUGCUUUAUAGUUGCAAUAAACACGGAAAAACAUGCAUACCAUGCAAGAAAUAUCUGUGCUAAAGUUGCGAUAUUAUAUUUUUUAAAUGUCGAUAUCUCGAACGAAUGUCGAUAGACUUUAUCAACACGGAUUCGUUGAACGGAGAGAUCACGUGAUCGCCUUGUGCGCUACAUAGAACGUGCUAUCGAUUGCCGAAUUUUCGUCUAUUUAAAUGACAGAAUGAAUACAUCCUUACUUUUGCGUAUCUCACGGUUUAAACCAAUUCUGGCUAGAAACUUGAAUUGUUGGACAGCUGCUAUAACGAAGAAACACCAGAAUGUUUAUGUAAAUACGUAUCCUACUAUUCUUGUUUUCCCUGAUGGAAGUAGCAUAAAUAUUGAAUAUAAUGAACCAAGAAAAAUAAUUGUCCUUCCACUCAACAUCUCAGAACUUUCAGAAGAAGAACAGAAGAUUAAGAUUAAUAGUCGCAGGUUAAAGACUAAGAUUGUUCUAGCUGAGGAGCAAGAAGAUGAUUUUGAUGAAAUGAAAUAUAUAAAAAAAAUGAAGAAAUGAUAAUUAAAAAAAUAAGAAAAAAAAACAUUAUAGUUGUAUUUAAAGGUUUUCACAUAUUAAUAAAAUGAAAAAAAGAAUUGAUGUAAAGCACAAUAACAUA